UGAAGUUUAACACAGAAUGAUUUGUAAAAACUCAGUCUGCUAGGAAAAGUGAUUUGUGCAUUGCAUGUGUUUGAGUGUGUAUAUAUGAAAUAAACAGACACGUAUAAACAAGUGAAAGAAGCAGAUAGCAGGCACAUUAUUUGAAUACUUAUCAGCGCUAGUGUGAUUUGUUUCAAGCGUAAGUGAAUGCAGCUCCAGGGAAGGAGCCUGGCUGCGGGGUCGCUAAUAAGCCCACAUAUGGGAGACAAUCUGUAGUCAGUGAGCGCAUGGUGGGGAAAGUGGAAGUCUGUUGGCAGAGGAAGUGUUUAUUGUGUGUCUGUAUGGUAAUGAUGAUGGGCCUAAUAAUGUCCAGUCAUGUCUGGAUUAUAGGCAUAAAGAACAAGCUGUAGCCCCACUAGUCAUCCUGUACUAAGCUGAGGCGACCAUGAGGGCAACUGGACCCUCCUCUGCUAUAAUUCAGCACCUGAAAGCCUUGGGCGUGAAAAUCCGCUUGCCGAAGAAAGUCCCCAGUCCGGAUGUGCAGAGAAAGACUUCCAGCCAUGGCCUCUUCGGGACCCCCCUGCACUGCCUCCCGCCCUGUAACACUGAGGGAAACAUCCCGCAGUUUGUGGUUGAUACCUGCCAGUUCCUCAGCUGUCAUCUUGGUACUGAAGGUCUUUUCCGUAAAUCUGGCUCUGUAACUCGUAUCAGAACACUAAAGGCUCAGCUGGAGUCAAAUGAAUGCAGUUUGGAGUCUGCACAACCAAGUGAUGUUGCUGCUUUGUUGAAACAAUUUUUCCGGGAGCUUCCACAGCCUCUUAUACCUCUGGAGUUGCAGGACCCCCUCUGCCAAAUUCAUGAAAUUCUAAGUGAAGAGAGUAGAGUAUCAGCCACAAUCUUAGUCACUUGCCUUCUUCCUGCCAUACACAUGGGGACCCUAAGAUAUUUUUGCACCUUCCUUCAGAGUGUGGCAUCCAGGUGUAAUGAAAACCGAAUGGAUUCAGCUAAUCUGGCUGUAGUUUUGGCUCCAAAUCUUUUUGCAAGCACAGGGCUGGGUGAAAGGCUGACGCAUAGUACUGAACGGCAACUCCAACUUCAAACAGCGGUCAUGCAAACUCUGAUUCAGAAUGCCAGCAAUAUAGGACAGCUUCCUUCAUUUAUUCUUAGCAAGAUUCCUCUUGCACAUGACGCUGUUGAAGAAGAGUUAGUGACCCCCAGUGGAGGAGUGAAUCGACGAAGGCGCAGGCGGAGUAUGAGUGGACUCGUUAAUGAAGCACUAAGUAAAUUAAAGCCAGGGCGAGGUGCAUCCACUAAUGUACUGGACCAAGCUACAGGUGAGGAGGGACAGCAUGAAAGAUACAAAAGCAAGCGUAAGGCAUCUGAGGACUCUGGGAGUGGGGAGCAUUGCACAGCCAAAAAACGAAAGUCUUUACGAGAUAUUACAGAUGAAAAAUUAUAUAAUGAAGACCUGUGUGAACCAGUGAACUCUGUGUCUCCACAGAGAGUUUUUGUAGAUGCUUCCCCAGAUUUACUGUCAAGUCCCAGCACACCUCUGGAGCUUAGUACAGGAUCACCAGCCAUACUGGCAACACCUGAAUCAUCCUCCCGGGGACAGAGGGUAAAGGGCAAGCGUAAAGAGAGCAAACGACCAAAGCGAAUGCAUUCUGGCCACAUCUGUGUUUCUCCUGCACAGCUGGAGAGAAAGGAGAAAGUCCGUAGUUCUAUGCGUCUUUUCCAUCGGAUGCGCGUCUCCAAACAAUCGACUCUAGAUGGGAAAAACCUAGAGACUAGUGGUUGGAACCUGAUGAAAAGAAUGGUAGCAGAAGCUCUAGAAGGACCUAUCUUUAAUGGCAGAGAUUUUCGUGUUGCCCCUUUGUCUUUAAAGGUUUCUGGGCAAGAGAAUCCUUUGAUAUCUGAGGAUGUUUCUCAUAAACACCCUUCAUCCCCACCUUGUUUAAGCUCUCCUCCAUUCUGGAAGCCUACAGGAAGAGGCAGGAAGGGGUCUGAAGCAGCAUCUUCUGCAAAGUUGAAAAGAGCAUUACGCCGCUCCCUCAGUAUGCCAGAAAAAUUGGGAGAAGGUGCUGUUGCAGAGCAGGGCGAAGAAAACUCAAACCACAAUGAGGAUGCUUUCACUCGUGAUCAAGAUGGCAUCUCAGAAAUAAGGGUUGAGGAGAGCUCAGAGGUAAAGACAAAAGUAGAGGGAUUGAACGGUGAGAUAGAUUUCUUAUCACCCAACAAGCUCAGUAGAGACAGUAUUGUUUCAAAAGAAGACUUUUCAAUCCAUAGACAAGCCUCUGUGUCUGAUUUGCAUCAAAAAUCGCAGUCUUUGAGAAGGGCUGAAGGACAUACAGCACAAUAUCGAAGCGUUCGGAAGCUGGUGCUGAGUUUUCCUUGGGACACUCAUACCAUUAACAAUGACCCACAUCAAAAGGAUUGGGAAGCGCUUGCCACCCACCCUAUUAAACGAAAGGGGGCAAGACGCUUUGGGCGGUCCAUAAGCCACGAAAGUGGGCUUGGCUCAACCGAAGAGCAGAAUGGACAAAUCAGUGGGCCAGCUCCUUCCGCAAAAAGCCCCGCAAAGUCUCUGAAAGGACGAAGUCGACAAGUAUUUGUAAGUCGCAAGAGUAUAACCCUCAGUAGCUGUGUCCAAAAAAGUCUAGAGACUGCAAAGCCGCUCUGUUUAGAUGCAAGUGUAGUAGAUCCUGCAGGCCAUUCCUUCAUUAAAACCUGGGAUCUGUCUCUUGUACAGCAAAUGAUGGAUGAAGAUAAACAAGCUUAUAGAAGUUCACCUAAAUACCCUCUGUCUGCCACCAGACUGGAACCUAUCAGUGACUUCAUAGAUUUUUAAAAAAUGUAGGAAACGAAACAAACAUUUGGAUAAUAAACUGCAGCGGGUGAUGUUAGUAGUUUGUUUGGGUCACACGAAUAGAUGGAAGGAAAAAAAAAAACACCCAUUUGUAUUUCUGCACUUAGAAUGUACAUAACGAUUAUUCCCUAUUGCCAGAAGCUGUACAUCCUUAAGUGAACACUUUGGGUCAUGUUUGUUGGCAGGAAAACACUAUUGAAAUAUUUUCCAGUUUUUGUUGCUAUUGCAAAACAGCCAAUCUCAGUGUAAAAUUACAAAGUACAGCUAUCAUUGAUAUUGUCUACUUAAUAAAUGUAGGCCUAAUUUAUAUACAGCCUAAUUUAUAAACAAAAGAAAUUCAGAAAUGCAUACUGGGUUAGAUUUUUUUCUUUAUUAUUAUAAAUGCCUGCUCAGCUAACACAAACCACAGCCAUAGUGUAAUGGGACAGGGUUUUAAUAUUUCUAAGGCAAUAGUAGUCAUCCUAUAAUACAAGCUUUUAUGGCAGUCAAAGAUCUUUGUGUAUGUAAUCAUAACCUACAGUGUUCUGCAGCUGAUUUUACUGGCAGCUAAACACUUUUUUUUUGUCCACAAAUAAUGCUCUUUUUUUCUUAUUGUGUCUUUGUAUUUUCCCAUGUUUGUGUCUUUUAUCUGUUCUUUUAAAUAACAUUUUCCAGUUCUUAGAAAUAUGAAGGUAUCACCAAUAAAAAAUGUAUAUUUUGUUUUAAGUGCUGGGUGAAAUGAUUGUUGUUGUUGUUAAUGAGUUGUGGAGGGUAAUAUUAAUUUCCAGCAGUAAUGAUGAGACCUUUCCUGCAUAAAGGAAAUGACAGA